UAAGAACAACACAGUUGGCCAAAGUGUUUCGUGACCAACAAAUGCAAAAGUAAAAACGAUAAAAGACAGUCAAACAGUAAAAGCCAACAAAUCCAACUGCGUAAAAGCCAAAAAAAAUUGUUUUUAAGGGAGGACUUCAAACCAGGAAGUGAGACCAUGUAGACAUUUAACAAGACAAAUAAAAUUAUUUUCUUUGGAGGAAUCAAAACAUGACCUCAGUCUUUUUUUUAUUAAUAACGUUCAUAUAUUCAUAUUUAUAUUAAAAAAUAUAAAGUUGAAUAUUUCAGUUUCUCGUCUACCGGAAGUGGGGUUUGCUUCCGGUUGACAGCGGCGCGCGAGGUUUGUUUUGGUAGCAGCGGAGUGAAACUAGCUAACACUUGGACUCGUUUCGAACAUUUCUACAUCACUUUGCCUCAAAGUUUUUUUUUUGCUUAAUGUGAAAUUGUCUUCGCGAAAUGAAAGUUCACUCUCUCGCCCUCCGUCAUGGUGUGCCACGUGAGAACAUGUAAGGAUUACACCACGUCUCCUGGAAUGGAUUUGCCUUCCAAAAACAUGUACGAAGAGUUCAAGGAUGAAAUCUGGAAAGAGCUGGCACCGCUGGACCCCGACUGGUUUAAUAUACUGACAGUUCAAGCGUCCACCGUUGAGGACAAUGUCUCCGAUGUCUCCGAUGAGCUCUGUGCGAACCAAGAGGCACAUUUUAAAGCACCUUUGGAUAAAACUGCACCAGACAGUCAGCUGUUUUCAACGCCCAAAGCUUUCAGACACAGUCGAGUCGGGUCGCCUGAAACUGAGGCAGAGCAGUCGUUCCCUGCUGAAGAAAAAGAAAUGCUGCCAUGGAAGGAAACACAGAGUCCACAUUUGUUACGAAUGGCAAAAGAAAGGGUUGCAGAAGCAAAAUAUGGAGGAAUCUGUCCACAGAGUCAGGAUGGUUAUGAUUUGCUUCAUCGUAUGCCUAAAUCCCCAGUCAGCUAUGCCAAGAAGAUAGCUGAAACCCUGGGUGCACAGGUUGAUUCUGAUAUAUCGUGGACCAGUUCUCUGAACACUCCACCACCUGUGCCAUCCACACUCAUUUUAUCUAAACCUGACGAGAGUCCCUGUCCUGCGAGUGUUUCUGCUGCAGACAAAAAUGUUGUCUUUGUACGGAAGCUUUUUCCUUCUCUAUCGAAUUCGUCCAGAGUUGUGGCAGCGUCAUCAAAAAACAGCGACAUUUCUGUUCAGCGAGGCGGCCUCAUUUCCCCUGAGAGUCCAAGAAUUUGGAGACAGAAGCUACCGGAUGCGAUCGAGGACAGCGAUGUUCGCAGGACUGUGGCAAAUGUUCUCGAUGGCGCUGAAAAUGUCCUCUCCAUAUUUUUCAGCAACAGCGGUUCAGCACUGAGAAAAGUGAAAACUGACCGAGUCCAGAGGAAACAAAUUGUCCCGACAAAAGAGCAACGCUCAAAUACAAACAGUGACACCGUCACUGAACAGAGGACAGAUGAUCAGGACCUUGAGAAACUUUCCUCACCUCCGCCGUUGCCAAGUAGAGAUAUUAGAACCACCCAGUGGUCUCCUUUGAGUUUAUCUGAAAUCCCUCCCUGGACGACAGAUGCUUCAUGCUGUGAAGUGGAAAACAACGUUUUGACAGAGCGAUUGCAAAGAGACUCUAGCCUGUUAGCAGGGACAACUUUGAAAAGCCCUCACGGUGGCUUUAUAAAGAAGAAGAGAAAGUUUAUUUACACUGUUGAUGCUUCAAAAACACAGGAUGAAGGAAGAGAAAUUCCAUCACAGAUCAUCGACACCUCAGCACUGGUUCCAGAUUCUGGGAACGAUGAGAGUGUCAAGCUGUGGGUGAAAGAUGGAGAUGAGAACGAGACGCAAAAACUACCUCUUUCUGUCAAAUCAAAACUCCAGGAUCUUGACAUGUCGCAGCUCUGCAGAGAUUUUGCACAGGAUUUCAGUCAAAUGUUGGACGCCGAUAAAGUGAGUCUGGCAUCGGGGGAUAAUCCUCACAAUGGCUUCUCUGCGUCCGCAUGUCUAACAACCAUGAGGCAAGCUAAGGAGAAAGCAAGGCAAGCAAACCUUCACCACGACUUUGAUGCUGUUAGUCACGGAAAACUGGGUCCAGCCACUGAUCAAAGUUACUCCGUCAAUGAAGGCACAGUAAGUGACAGCGGAUUUCAAUCUGCAGUUGCGGACGUCAGUCACCUGACGACGACACUUCCCAGCACGGAGAACUGCGUGCAAACGCAACGGUUUGCAAACGGAAGAAACGGGAAACCUUUAGAUGAUAUUGAACGAGAAGCUGAAACAGAUGUCAAGCUGCCCAGUGCAACCGAGGAAAACCAGGCACUGGAUCUUUGCAGAGAGAACAGGGAACCACAAGGACCCAGUUGUGCAAAAGAAACAGAUAAUACCUUGUGUGAAGUUGGCGACGGCUUCAAAGCCGCUUCCAGUAAGUCAAUACGAAUUUCCUCAUUACACCUGGAGAGAGCUAAGUGUCUCUUUGAAGAGAAUGAAGCUGAAAAGACUCUCCGAGAUCAGCCGGCCACAGGAGGUGAAAUAAUUGGCAUCGGUAAUGGAACCGCGAAAAAUACAAUCUCCAAUUCAAACCAGCCUCCGUCUUCAUCGAUCGAGAACACGGCGGAUAUCAGUUGCCAGUUAACUGCGUCACAAAAGGCUGAUGUCACAGAACUGUGCACUCUCUUGGAAGAAGCCGACAGCCAGUUUGAAUUUACACAAUUCAAAAUGACGAAGCCACAGCAGCAGGAUAAUACCACGUCUCUCAACAAAGUGGAUAAAGAACUUGACCCUGAUUUUCUCCUAGGUAUUGAUUUUGAUGAGAGCUUUAGUGUCGAUGCUGAAAAACACACGACAAAGACUGUGAUGACUGAGAAAACGGCCUCAUUCAUGGAUGCUGAAACGAGCGGUGACGUGUUAAAAGUCACAAGUAAAUCCUUCGGGAGAAAUAAAAAUGCCGCCGUUGCAUCUUCCUCUUCAGAGCACAUCUUUGAAGGUGGUAGCGGUGUUUCGUCAGCUAAACCUCAAAAUCUCAACAAAUCCCACAUUCAGGAGAACAACAAUCCUUUGAUGCCUGGCGUGGGAUUUAUAACUGCGACGGGGAAUAUUUUGAGGGUUUCAAGAAAAUGCAUGAGCAAAGCCAGAGCUUUGUUUGCAGAUUUGGACGGGGAUCUAACGGAUCACAAGUCAACAGACGAGCAUCGCGGCAAAGUUGACGCUAAAACCGAGCAGAGUCGGGUCACGAGCGUUGCCAAAGGUUUGAGAAACGGGUUCCAGACGGCCAGUGGGAAAGGGAUUUCUAUUUCAGCUAAAGCAAUGCAAGAGGCAGACACUCUCUUCAAAGAUUGCGACAUCAGCCACAAUAACACCGCUUUAUCAGUAAAACUUAAAACAAACAUGGUACAAUCGCCUUCAUUGUCCAGUAAUGCAAAAACACAUUCGGAACCUAAAAGUAUCCAAGAAAUCAAAGAGGUUGUCGUGGAUAAUGUGGAGAGUCAGAGCUUUGGUUUUAAGGAUGCUCCGGCAGUUACAAGUGCCGUUUCAUCCCAUGUGAACCUGCCUCUGACUACUCAACACCUUUCUUCUCCCUCCUGCACAACCUCAAAGAGCUGUGGCUCCUCUACCAAUAAUCAGUCGAGUAGCGGAGGUGGAUUCUGCACAGCCAGUGGGAAGAAAGUCUCUGUGUCGGCUAAUGCCCUGAAAAAAGCAGAGUGCCUUUUGAACGAAAUUCAUGUGCUUGACAGCGUCAAGGAACACCUGACGCAGAAAGGAGAUGCUUUAAAAACAGGCAAUCCCACACAUCAAGCGCUACAAAAUGGUGGAUUUCAGACAGCGAGUGGCAAAGGCGUUGUCAUUUCAUCUGCGGCGCUACAGAAAGCAAAGUCCCUGUUGAGUGAAAGUGAAGCAGUCGAUGAUAAAGUGAGUGUAAAAGCAAAUCAUUACAAGAAGCCCGUUCAUGGUUUGUCAUCCAGGAAUAAUGGAUUUCUAGCAGCAUGUGGAAAGCCAAUGGCAAUUUCGUCUGAGGCCCUACAGAAAGCUAAAGCUCUUUUCAGUGACAUUGCAGUCAGUGAGGAGGUGCUAAAAGUUUCAGAGCCAAGGAAGAGCAGCAAAAAUCUAAACCUUUCUCUGACUACAAAGUCAUUUUCUUCUCCCUCAUCCACAGUAUCAAAGAAUUACAUCUCUGCCAAUAAUCAGUCGAGUAGUGGAGGUGGAUUCUGCACAGCCAGUGGGAAGAAAGUUGCCGUGUCAGCUCAUGCAUUGAAAAAAGCGGAGUGCCUGUUGAAUGAAGUUCAUAAGCCUGAGGAGAUGAAGGAACAUCCGACGCAGAAAGUAGAUGCUUUAAAAACAGGCAAUGUCACAGAUCAAACACUACAAAAUGGUGGAUUUCAGACAGCGAGUGGCAAAGGAGUUGUCAUUUCACCUGCGGCUCUCCAGAAAGCAAAGUCCCUGUUGAGUGAAAGUGAAGCAGUGGACGAUAAAGUCAGUCAUCACAUGAAGCCCGUUCAUGGUUUGUCAUCCAGGAAUAAUGGAUCUCUUGCAGCCGGUGACAUCACUGUGAGUGCGGAGACUCUAAAAGUUUCAGACACAAGGAAGAGCGGCAAAAAUCGGCACCUUACCUCAACUACAAAAGCAUUUUCUUCUCCCUCGUGCUCCACGUCAAAGAAUUACGGCUCCUCUGACAAUAAUCAGUCGGGUAGCGGAGGUGGAUUCUGCACAGCCAGUGGGAAGAAAGUCUCUGUGUCGACUGAUGCGCUAAAAAAAGCAGAGUGCCUUUUGAAUGAUGUUCAUAAUACCCCCGAGGGCAAGAAGAAAUGCAUACAGAGAGAAGACUGUUUAAAAGCAAUAGGCAAUAAUGCAGAUCACACUCGAGCUGCAACACUACAUAAAGGUGGAUUUCAGACAGCGAGUGGCAAAGGAGUUGUCGUUUCAUCCGCGGCGCUCCAGAAAGCAAAGUCACUGUUGAGUGAAUGUGAAGCUUUUGAAGAUAAAAUCUGUGUGAAACCAAAUAAUAGUGGAUUUCUUGCAGCCAGUGGAAAACAUGUGACAUUUCCUUCAUCUGAGGCCCUCGACAAGGCUAAAGCUCUUUUCAGUGACAUCACUUUGAGUGAGGUUCCAGACACAAAGAAGUGCAGCGAAGAACAAAAUGGUGCGAGAGUCUGCGUAUCUCGGAAGAAUCUCUUGACAGCACCGAAUGUUGUGGAAGAACUGGACGAUUCUAUUGCCAUGCAAGAAGCAGACGCUUUCUUCAAAGACUGUGACACGGAAUGUGAGGAAAGUGUCGCACGUGGGAAGAAAACUUCCAAACAAAAACAUGACGAGAUGUUGUCAAACACCAGUGAGGGGCAUGGAAGUGCAAGCUCCAAGUUUGAAAAGGGAUUAGUCGUUAAGCGUAAAAAUGUCACGCGUCACAACGACGUGGAGUCUCACAAAGGUGCUUUGACGAAAGCUGCAGAUUCUCGUGAUGGAAAUUCCUAUUCUGCCUUCAGUGACUUUGGCAACAGCGGUGGAUUCUGCACAGCCAGUGGGAAGAAAGUGUCCGUGUCGGAUGAAGCGAUGACAAAAGCAAAGUCUCUGUUGAAUGAUAGUGCUGCCUUCAAGGACACAAACAAAAGAAUGCCACCUAAAGAAGAUAAUUUACCACCUCAGAACCCUGACGAAGGAGUAGCUUUUUCAUUUGAUGCCCAGAAAAAAGCAAAAAGUCAAUGUAGUGAAGCUGAGAGUAAAAUUAACGUCAAAUCAACCCGUUCGAGGAUACCUGUCUCUUGUUCGACUCCUGUGAACGGUGGAUUUCUUGCCGCUAGUGGUAAACCUGUGGCAUUUUCAUCAGAGUCCCUCCAGAAAGCGAAAGCAGUAUUUAAUGACAUUGAAUUCUGCUCAAAGACUCCAUCAAUUUCCGACACGAAGAGGAGGAGUCAUGUUUACGAUCAAACUACAAACAACGCUGGAAACCUCACCUGUGGUUUCACGACUGCAGGGGGCGCUAAAGUCCACGUGUCGCAGACAAAUAUGCUGAAAGCGAAGACCCUUUUCAAAGACGUCGCAGAAGAGGAGAGUCGUCGUUCAAACUCCGACCCUACCCCGACCCACGAGUCGGAUGGAACGAGAAAUAAUUUUAAUCUCACCACAGUGAGAGAUGAGCAGGAGACGAGGCACAGUGUCCCCCGGGUCGUUAAAUCUUUUCAGCCUCUGCAAGAGACCGACCAUGAAAACGAAACUCUACGGGAUUCGAGGAUGCAUAAUUGCAUUUCUAAUCGAGAAAAAGCACUUGCAGACGAGUCAGAGUUGAAAGAAGGGAAAAGAGAGGAGACAUUUACUUCACUGUGGGUGGGAAACCCUCAUGCAGAGGAGAUGGGAAAUGUGUCGGGCUCUGAAGUAAAUCACACAAGCAGCAGCGAGGGACCCAGGUUCAAAAGGACAGAGGGGACUUCAGUUAUAAUAUUUCAGUCACUUGACCUCGGUGGCUGCACUAAAACACAGCAGGAGUUUCUCGCCCAGGAAGCUCUCGACUGCACCAAAGCAUUGUUAGAAGAUGAAAGUCUCGCUGGUAAAAUUCUCUUGCCGAGUUUAGAGGGUGAGCGACUGCAAGAUAACCCAGGCACCAACCCCAGGUCUGUGGAGGGGCAGAGAAGGAGACGGAAAAGAGUGGGAGAAGAUGCAGAUAUCACAGUUCAGCCUCCACUGAAAAGACAAUUACUGGAAGAGUUUGAUCGGACUGUUGACGAACCAACGCUACAGCCACAGAAAAGUUGUCCAAAUAGUGUAAUGAAAGAUAGGAGAGUUUUCAAGUACAGUGUUUCUCAUCAUCCAAACAUCACAGGGCCACACGGAAGUGAGAAACACUAUGUGGAAAGGCGACACUCAAUAGCAGGACGCGGCACAUCGACGCAUUCAAAGAUGCCCACAUUUGUUCCUCCCUUCCUGAAGAACGCAAAGACGGAGACUCGCAAGAAUACCGACCUCAACGUCAGCGCGAAAACACCGUCUGCGUUUGUUCCUCCGUUCAAAAAGCAAAGGACUGUUGUCCAAGAGAGCUCCUCGAGACCGCACGACGAGAAGGACAAACACCUGCGUCUCUUUGGUCCGCCGUCCAACAGCAACGGUUUCGCACCGCCUGCUAAAAAACCACAAAGCGAUGCAGAUGUAAGUGGCGAUAAAGGCGAAGAGGACGUGAAAACAAUGACCUUUCCUGACACUACAGAUAAUCCUACGAUGAAUAGUCCUGCUGGCUGUGUAUCGGAAGAAUCUGCCGCAGAGGAAGUGUUUUCCCGAAGCCAAGACGUGUUCUUGAAUCUUGAAAGUGUGGAAAUGGCGCGUGACAUGCAGGACAUGAGAAUCCGGAAAAAGAAGCGGCAGACGAUACGUCCGUUGCCGGGCAGUUUGUUCCUCGCGAAGACCUCAGGUGUUUCCAGGGUCCCAUUAAAAGCCGCUGUGAAUGGAAAACCUCCUGUGAGAUGGUCCCCAAAACAGCUGUAUGAAUGUGGUGUACACCAGCAUGUUUGUGAGAUCAACUGUGAGAACGCAGAGAUGUUCCGCUUCAGUUUGAAGCAGUUUCUCAACAUGGAAGUUUUCACCGAGCACGGCGGGGUUCAGCUCGCCGACGGCGGAUGGUUGGUCCCCAGCAAUGACGGCACGGCAGGGAAACAAGAGUUUUACAGAGCGUUAUGCGACACGCCAGGAGUGGAUCCAAAACUGAUGAGUGAGGAGUGGGUGUUCAACCACUACAGAUGGAUUGUGUGGAAACAGGCCUCCAUGGAAAGAUCGUUUCCGGAAACAAUGGGCGGCCUCCGUCUCACACCAGAGCAGGUUCUCCUGCAGCUCAAGUACAGAUAUGACGUAGAGAUCGACCACAGCCGCCGGCCGGCUCUGAGAAAAAUCAUGGAAAGGGACGACACCGCGGCCAAAACGCUGCUCCUCUGCGUCUGUGGCGUCGUCUCCAGCGGUCGACCCCCAAACGAGCAGAGUCGCAGCGACACCAAGGCUCCGCAAGGUUCCGACGCCAAGGUGGAAAACUCGUCUGCGGUCGUCUGGCUCACGGACGGAUGGUACGGCAUUAAAGCGCAGCUGGACGAACCUUUGACCGCCAUGCUGCACAAAGGGCGACUGGCCGUCGGGGGGAAACUGAUCGUCUACGGCGCUCAGCUGGUGGGAUCACAAGAUGCGUGCUCUCCUCUGGAGGCGCCCGAAUCCCUCAUGCUAAAGAUUUGUGCCAACAGCACCAGACCUGCGCGAUGGGACACCAAACUGGGCUUUCACAAAGACCCUCGGCCGUUCCUGCUUCCUCUCUCAUCUUUGUUCAGUAAUGGAGGACCAGUGGGAUGCGUGGACAUCACUGUGCUGAGGAGCUACCCCGUACAGUGGAUGGAGAGGAAACCAGAUGGCGGCGUUGUUUUCCGCUCUGUUCGCGCCGAGGAGAAGGAAGCGAGACGAUACAGCAAACACAAGCAGAAGGCCAUGGAGAUUCUUUUUGCCAAGAUUCAGUCGGAAUUUGAGAAGGAGCAGAAAGGUAACGACAAACCUCAGCGCAGAAGACGGACAAUGAGCCGUCAGGACAUCGUGAGUCUGCAGGAUGGAGAAGAGCUGCACGAAGCAGUUGGCGACGACCCGGCUUAUUUUGAGGCUCAUUUGAGUGAACAGCAGUUGGCGACGCUGCAGACAUACAGACGUUCUCUGAUGGAGAAGCAGCAGGCUGAACUGCAGGACCGUUACCGCCGCGCUGUUGACGCAGAGAGCAGUGACGGCGGCUGCCCCAAUCGAGACGUCACACCCGUGUGGAGACUCUGCGUCGCGGACUCCAUGGACCAACAUGCCAGAGCUUACCAGUUGAAUCUUUGGCGCCCGCCCUCGGACCUUCAGUCUGUGCUGAAGGAAGGCUGCAGAUACAGAGUCUAUAACGUCACCACCUCGGAUGGAAAGAGACGCAGCGGGGUCGAAACUGUUCAUCUCACUGGGACGAAGAAAACGCAGUUCCAGGACCUGCAGGCUUCUUGGGAAUGGCUAUCAACACAUUUUCAGCCGCGGGUUUCUACCAAUUUUGUGGAACUUCAAGACAUAGAGUAUCAGCCGCUGUGUGGAGAGGUGGAUCUUGCGGGAUAUAUCAUCAGUAUCAUAGAUGAACAAGGUUCCACGCCUGCGUUUUAUUUGGCUGAUGGAAGCCUGAACUUUGUCAAAGUGCGCAGUUUCAGCAGCUUCGCUCACUCUGGCCUGGAAGAUGUCGUAAGACUGCGAGUGCUGUUGGCUCUGAGCAACCUGCAGCUGCGAGGUCAAUCCACGCAUCCAUCUCCCGUGGUGUACGCUGGAGAUUUGACCGUCUUCUCCACAAACCCCAAGGAGGCUCAUCUGCAGGAGUCCCUGUGCCAACUCAGGAACCUGGUCCAGGCUCAGGAAAACUUUUUUCAAGCUGCUGAGGAGAAGCUGUCACUUUUAAUCAAGUCCGAUGACGUCAUGAGCGCCGUGUCUUCUCCAGCUCUGCUUCAACCGCGAACCCCGGUGGUUACGACAGACGGACGACAGGACGCCAGGACAAGUCUACUACAUCAGCAGCCAAUCAGAAGCCUCGACUCUGUCACACCCAUGAGCACGAAUCCUCCUGCUGCGUCGUCUUCAACAGAAAAGAAAAAAGACCCCAAGAGCCUAAAGAGGAGACGAGCUCUGGACUACCUGUCUCGUAUCCCGUCUCCUCCGUCUCUGUCCUGCCUGAGCUCGGUGGCUUCUCCGUGCGUGAAGAAGACGUUCAAUCCUCCGCGCAGGUCUGCGGCACCGGGCACUUUAACGACUCCCGCUCGCAAACCUGCUCCUCCUCUUCCGCUGGCCGAGGACGAGUGGGUGAACGACGAGGAGCUGGCGAUGAUCGACACGCAGAAUUUGCAAGUCGGCAAUUCACUGUAAUAAAUUAUACACAGCAACUGUGCGGAAAACAGAAACCGUACAAAAGAAGUGAGGUAAAUAUUAAAAUUAUGUCAUCACUUCCUGCCCGUCCACUUGUUUGUCUGUAAAUAGAAACAAUAAAAAAAGGUUUAUUUUUAAUUUGA